AUGAAUCUGUUCAAGCCAUCACAGGAUCACGCGGAAGUUUCGGACCAACACGAACAAGAGAACCCAGGAGCAGAGAAUGUGGGAGGAGGGAAGGAAAUGCGAGGAGACAAUGUGAAAAGAGAGGACGAUGUUGGUUCUUCAAGAGUAUCUUACACCCCACAUGACCUCUCACCAUUACUCUCGGAGGAGAAUCAGCAGCAGGAACAAGGGGUUCGCAAAUCCGACAGGCCGCGCAACCCGCUGGAUGGGGGAGGAGGUGGUGGGCAGCCUGGAGUUCCCGCCGCCGAGCAGUGGGACCACCAUAUAAGUAAAGGGGAGGAAGGAGGACAAAAACGGUAA